UCUGCCUUCCAUCCUCCCUCCCCCCUCCCUCCUCCAUACUACGAUCAUCCCAUUCAUGCCAUUGCUGACACACUGACAGCCGGGAUAGGAGGGAAGGAAGGAAGGAAGGAGGGAAGGAAGGAAGGAAAGAAGGAAAGGAAGGAAGGAAGGGAGGAAGGUGUCCUCCGGACAGACAGACCUCCUUUGUGUGUGAUGGGGGGAGAGUGAGGAGAGAUAGCGCAUGUCUCAUCCCUCCACCACCAGCGCCGACUCCACCAUCUUGCAUGUGGAAGGAUCUCCGGAGCUCUCCCGGGGUAUGGACACUGCGGGAAGGAGCAGCCUGGGCAGCAUGGCACGCUAGACGGGCAUCCUCCUUCUCCUCCUCCUCCUCCUGCACGGCUUCUCCGCGGCAUCCAGAGACACACAGCCAGAGAAGAUGCGGAUUAUCUACCAGCACAUUGUCUUCUUAGUCUCGGGAUUUUGGGGCUUUGCCUUGGGAGCUUUCCCUAGCAGCGUGCAGAUAGGUGGGCUUUUCAUCCGAAAUACAGAUCAGGAAUAUACAGCUUUCCGGUUAGCGAUUUUUCUCCAUAACACAAGCCCCAAUGAGUCGGAGGCAAUUUUUAAUUUGGUUCCUCACGUAGACAACAUAGAAACAGCCAACAGUUUCGCCGUUACGAAUGCCUUUUGCUCUCAGUAUUCAAGAGGAGUGUUUGCCAUCUUUGGGCUGUAUGACAAGAGAUCGGUACACACCCUGACCUCAUUCUGCAGUGCUUUGCACAUCUCGCUCAUCACACCCAGUUUCCCAACAGAGGGUGAAAGUCAGUUUGUGUUGCAGCUGAGACCUUCGUUACGGGGAGCACUGCUAAGUCUACUAGAUCACUAUGGUUGGAACCAUUAUGUAUUCCUCUAUGACACAGACAGGGGAUAUUCAAUACUUCAGGCCAUCAUGGAGAAGGCUGGUCAGAAUGGGUGGCAAGUGAGUGCAAUAUGUGUGGAAAACUUCAAUGACGCUAGCUACAGACGCCUUCUAGAGGACUUGGACCGAAGACAAGAAAAUAAGUUUGUAAUAGACUGUGAAGUUGAAAGACUUCAAAAUAUUCUGGAACAGGUUGUGAGUGUUGGAAAACACGUAAAAGGCUAUCAUUACAUUAUUGCAAACCUGGGAAUCAAGGACAUUUCGCUUGACAGGUUUAUGCAUGGAGGAGCCAAUGUUACAGGAUUCCAGCUGGUGGAUUUUAAUACUCCAAUAGUGACAGAAUUAAUGCAGAGGUGGAAGACACUGGACCAGCGGGAGUACCCAGGAUCUGAAAGCCCUCCAAAGUAUACAUCUGCACUGACUUACGAUGGUGUUCUUGUGAUGGCUGAAGCUUUUCGUAAUUUAAGAAGACAAAAAGUUGAUCUUUCAAGAAGAGGAAAUGCAGGAGACUGUCUUGCUAAUCCUGCUGCUCCAUGGGGCCAGGGGAUUGAUAUGGAGAGAACAUUAAAACAGGUUCGAAUACAGGGUCUAACUGGAAAUGUACAGUUUGACCAUUAUGGCCGAAGGGUCAACUACACAAUGGAUGUUUUGGAGCUAAAAAGUACAGGUCUCAGAAAGAUUGGCUACUGGAAUGAUAUGGAUAAGCUUGUUUUGCUGCAGCAUGAACCAGCCUUUAAAAACGACAGUUCCGCCAUUGAAAACCGGACAGUCAUUGUUACUACAAUUCUGGAAGCCCCUUAUGUAAUGUACAAGAAAAACCAUGAGCUGUUGGAAGGAAAUGAUAAGUUUGAAGGAUAUUGUGUAGAUCUGGCCUAUGAAAUUGCAAAACAUAUUGGUAUCAAGUAUAAAAUUGCCAUUGUUCCCGAUGGAAAAUAUGGAGCAAGAGAUUCAGACACAAAGAUCUGGAAUGGAAUGGUGGGGGAGCUUGUAUAUGGGAAAGCUGAGAUUGCUGUGGCUCCUUUGACUAUCACCCUAGUGCGAGAGGAGGUCAUUGAUUUUUCUAAACCUUUCAUGAGCUUAGGAAUUUCCAUUAUGAUAAAAAAGCCACAAAAAUCAAAACCUGGAGUCUUUUCAUUUUUGGACCCAUUGGCUUAUGAAAUUUGGAUGUGCAUUGUUUUUGCCUACAUUGGCGUCAGCGUAGUUCUUUUCCUUGUAAGCCGAUUUAGUCCUUAUGAGUGGCAUACGGAAGAACCAGAAGAUGGAAAGGAAGGACCCAGUGACCAACCUCCAAAUGAAUUUGGGAUUUUCAAUAGUCUUUGGUUCUCCCUUGGAGCCUUCAUGCAGCAAGGAUGUGAUAUAUCACCAAGAUCUCUCUCAGGUCGCAUUGUUGGAGGCGUAUGGUGGUUCUUUACUCUCAUUAUUAUCUCAUCUUAUACGGCUAAUUUGGCUGCCUUUUUAACGGUUGAAAGAAUGGUUUCACCAAUUGAAAGUGCUGAGGACCUUGCCAAACAAACAGAAAUUGCAUAUGGAACACUUGAUGCUGGGUCAACUAAGGAAUUUUUCAAAAGGUCGAAAAUUGCAGUUUAUGAAAAGAUGUGGACCUAUAUGAAAUCUGCUGAACCAUCAGUAUUUACCAAGACGACAGCGGAAGGAGUUGCCCGUGUACGGAAAUCUAAAGGAAAAUUUGCUUUUCUUCUGGAAUCCACUAUGAAUGAGUACAUCGAGCAACGGAAACCUUGCGAUACAAUGAAAGUUGGAGGAAAUCUGGAUUCUAAAGGAUAUGGAGUGGCAACACCUAAGCAUUCUCUAUUAAGAAAUGCUGUUAACCUCGCAGUUUUAAAACUGAAUGAACAAGGCCUGUUGGACAAAUUGAAAAACAAAUGGUGGUACGACAAAGGAGAAUGUGGCAGCGGGGGAGGUGACUCCAAGGACAAGACAAGUGCAUUGAGUCUGAGCAACGUUGCUGGAGUUUUCUACAUUCUGGUUGGAGGCCUGGGCUUGGCAAUGCUGGUGGCCUUGAUAGAAUUCUGUUACAAGUCAAGGGCAGAAGCGAAAAGAAUGAAGCUGACCUUUUCUGAAGCCAUACGAAACAAAGCCAGAUUAUCCAUUACAGGGAGUGUAGGAGAAAAUGGCCGCGUCUUGACUCCCGACUGCCCGAAAGCCGUACACACUGGGACAAUUAGACAAAGUUCAGGAUUGGCUGUAAUUGCAUCGGACCUACCAUAAAAACCAAAUAAUUUAUUGAGUGCCUUAAUUAUACACUGUUGGUGAGUGACAUACAGCACAGACUGUGAGCUACGUGGGAAAAAAUCACUGAAGACCUAGAAAUAUUGCUGAGACCGGGAAGUACGUCUAAAUGCGCCAAACAUCAUCAGCAACAAUGUGUGCAUGAGCUCUGCUCGGAAACCCAAACUCAGAUUUUAUAUCAGGAAUUUGCUUAAUUUAGUUUUAUUGGGGUGAGGGAGGGUGUGGGAAAGAGUGUAUUAGCAACAACAAAUUUAUCUUGGAGGAACUAUAAUCUAAGAAAAAAAAAGACUUGUCAUUUAGCUCAUUAAACUGUGAAGAGCGUGAUCAGAAUGGACAAUACUUCUGUUCUAACAAAGAAGGAAAAUAGCUAUAGAAUACAAUGAAAUUACUAACCAGUAUCUCAAGAAACUCCACGCAUAUAAGGGAUGAAUAUCCAGUUGUUGAACUAGAUCUCUUAAGAAAAACUGUGAUACAAAAUAAUAAUAAUCAUGUAAAUCCUGUGAAAAAAAUAAUAAAUUAUUUACUUUUUCUUUAAAAAUAAAGAAAAACAGAUAUGACAUGCUUGCUUUUUAACUGAUGUAAAUUCAAUGAAAUACAACACAGUAUUUUUUUCUAAACAUAUUAGAUAACAAAUCAUUGCAAUAAUUCAAUUUUAAAAAAUGCCAUCACGGUAGUAAAAAAAUGAUAAGAACGUUUUUUUAAGACUUGUGGAUCAUUUAACACAAUUUUCAUUUUGGUAAACCACAUCUGCACAUGUGUAAUCCAUUUGUCAUUCCAACCAUACAUGUAAAUGUCUAAUCACUUAGUUGUGUAGAGCCUUAUCAGGCUACGGGUCACUCCUGUUAUUUAUAAUCUUGUUCUGUGUACAAAACAAAAAUAAUUAAAAUGUGGUCUCACACCAGCCAAUAGUAACAUUUAAAAAAAAGAAAUCUUCCAAAUAUUUUCAGGCUUAGAAUUAAUAAUCCAGAAUGUUAUUUUUAAACCCUGAAAUUUGUAAUAUGGCUAAUGCAAUGUAAUUGCCUAGUGAGCCAACAGUGUUGAUAAAAACCACAUAUUUUGACAAAUCAGGGUGUUUUUACAAUCACUGUGAUAUGUUUGAUAAGCUUUUUGUCAUUUUUUUUUUUUUUUGGGUUUCUUUGUAUUGUAAAUAUAUUUGCCUUUUUUCUUCUUGACUGUAUUACACCUUCUAUUUCCUGCUAAAUAAUGUUCUUUAACAUUAUCCAAUUGUUGCAGGUUGUACAAUGUUUUAAUUAAAAUGAGAAGAUACGUCUAGGUGCCCUGAAAAUAUAUUUUUGAAAUUUUGUUCUGGUUACUUCUAGUUUCACAAAUUAAUUUCCUGUGUAAGCAAGAAAUUUAAAAAAUAAUGCUUUAUUUUAUAAAUUAUAUCACAAUGAUCUGUUUAUUUGGGUUAAUAAAGUUGUGUUUUCUAAAAUCAUG